AUGGCCAAGCACCUCAUUAAUGUCUCAGGGACCUCGCCUACUACAACAACUGACGUCAUCCCGUCAAGACCAUCUCCACAUCCGCCACCGUCCGUCAACUCUAAAUGGCCGCAAUGGGCGACCAGCGCCUCCCCCGGCCAGCCUUCCUCCUUGGACGAGUCUAACCGUCGCCGCCCCCUCAGAGUCAGACUUUCCGAGGCUCGGUUCUUCAAGACCGACCUAGAGACCCAAAAUGCUCCCGGAGCCCCGUGGGUGCGCAUGGGAUCCCCGAUAUAUAAUAUUGAUCGAGACUCUCACACCGCCAUUGCCGCCUCGAUGAUCACCCGUCCAAAGUCCGUUCCCUCCAGGAGCAACGGUGGCGAUCCUCGCCCUCACGACCACGAGAUCCUACUGUACAACUUGCCCGAUCUGACGAACCCUAUUGCUCGGUGCGGCAGCGAUGUUUGGGAGAAGGACAAGAAGACCGGCACCCAGGCGGCCCAGCCCUGGUACCAUCCCUUCACCCACGACAUGAUGCAAGUGGCGCAGGUGGUCGAGAUCAAGCACUACCCCGAGGAUACCGUUGGGGGCAUGCGUGUCGUCGUUGUCAUCGCCUUCGGACAGCGUGCUCGUCCCUGGCUCAAUAACGCCACCGACGCACACAUCCUUGGCGUUUGGCUGAUGCUCAAGGUCAUUGAGGUGAGGGUACCGGUGAUACCCAUGACCCGUCUGUCUAAUUGGAUGAUGAAUCAUUUCCGAUCAUCGUCAGGUCUUGAACCCAAGGUGGCUAGGGAGUGUUUUCGGAUCAACCCCGACAAUGUUGUCAAGUACGAGAGUCUGGAGCCUCGUCAGCAUCAGAUUACAAUGCACGGACGCAUCGUCAAGCUUUACUCUGCGCCUGAGCCUCCUCCACUUCCGGCGGCUACUACUGGAAGCGGUCAACCAUCAACAACUAUGGACAUGGAUACUGGGAGGAUGGUUGAUUGUAUCGCCAUUUUUGGCACGCAGAACUCGGAAGCGGCAUCGGCGAUGGUUAUCAAGAAGGUCCUUUUUUGUGAUGACGACGCAUCGGACUAUGGCAGAAAAACUUACUCGAACAAGGCUGUGAGUCGUGGAGUGAGCUGUAUGGCGUUGUUUCCAGAUCACAGUGGAUACGAGCACUAUCUUGUUUUGUUCAACCAGCACGGCAGAGGUAUGGUGUGGGAUUGGGUUCACGAGAAGCAGAUCACGCAACUCCACAUGCCCAGCGACAAGAGCAAGAGUAAUGGAGACCGGAGAGCUAUCGAUGAACCAGCGAACAUCGGAGUCGUUACUGGCAGUGCCUUGGCAACGGCUGGAAACCCGGCGGGCAAUGCUGGCGGGGGCGGGGCUUCUUCUCGUCGCCGCAGAGUGUAUUAUUGGGGCGUGCAGGUCAGCGCAGCCCUAGAGGUCUCUUUCCCGGAGGAUUUGAACAGUGUUGGCAACAGCGACGGCACUUUCAGGAUUGUCACGAUGGCGGAUGGUGAAGACGAUGAGUGGGAGUCGUGUUGGUGGAACAUUACCUUGGUUGAGUUGCAGGGACCAAUGACAUCGCUUCCAGCGCCACCGAUCAUCGAUAGGAACAAGUCAGGAUCGAGUUCAAAUGCGAACAACGCACCCAAGCCCCCUUUGAUUUCGAGUGUCAAGCGUUUUGAGCGCAAGACCUACGGCGUUUGUAUCCCCGAGCAACAAAUAACACAUUCAGCCGAAGACAACAAACCUAUCCAGUUCAUUGCGUACGUCAUCUGGAAUCACUACAGAAUCGGUUUGUCGUCGCGGAUGGGUAUCUGCAUGGUGGAUUUGGAAGAGCCCGAGUCAGAACUUGUUGCGGAUCGACAAUGGAUCACAUUCCUGAAGGACCGUGAGGAUCUGAUCGACAUAGCAAUUUUUGGCCACAACCUCGUCGUUACUCUCAAGACUGGCCAUCUCGUCUGGUCGUUCUACGGACAAGACGUGGCACCGUUCGUGCCCAAGGAAGGACUCGGUCUCCGCAUGGACAUGGGACAUAGUUUGGAGAGUGAUUGCAUGAACAAUAUACCUACCCUUGUGCAGUAA